GUGUGAUUGUUCUAAUUGGGUCAUGUGGCCGUUAUAGUGGUGGCCCUAAGCCGAUUUUGGGGAUGAUUUGUCUACGAUGGCAAUAAGUUGAUGGUCUCUAGGGUUCUCACUUGUGUUGUACAAACAAGUUCAGUGUAUAUCUUGUUCUUUAUUUCGCCAUUACUGAGACCAACCGUUUCUCUCUCUCUCUCUCUCUCAAUUCGACAAAGAUGCGCUUAUCAACAACUCUCCUACCCUGUCUUGGCGCCAUAACAGCGGCUAUCGGAACUGACGGACAGGCUGUCGUGCCUCAAGGUCUCAAUGAAAACCAAAAGACUUUGUAUACAAAUGACUGGGCAGAUCGAAUAUGGAAACAAAUAAAAGGUGUAUCGUCUUGUUCGGGAUGUCAGGGCCUUUUAUUGACUUUUAAGAGCCUCGCGAAUCUGGGUGAUCGAUACUUUGUCAACACACUACAGGACGUAUGCAAAAAGUCAAAGGUCGAAGAUGCAGAUGUUUGUGAUGGAACCAUCGAGCUUCAAGGACCUAUUAUAGCAGAGGCGUUGAGAAACGUUGCCAUCGGCUCAAAGACUGCGCAGCAUUUUUGCGUAACAUUUCUAGGUCUCUGCCACUAUCCUGCUAUAGACGAAUGGGAAGUCCCUGUGCCUCCUGAUCACUUGCGCCGAAAGCGUCCAGUCUCGAGUGGAAGAGACCCUAUCAAAGUUGUUCACUAUUCCGAUAUACAUGUUGACCAGCUCUACACUGAAGGGUCGAAUUCAGAGUGUAAUAAACCCAUAUGCUGCAGACCUUUCACAGAAAAUGACGAGCCUGGGAGAGCGGUAUCUCCGGCUGGACCAUAUGGGGAGCAUACUUGUGACUCUCCUGCUUCUCUUGAGCAUAGCAUGUAUGAAGCAAUCAAAAAGUUGGUACCCGACGCCGCUUUCACGAUUUUCACCGGAGACAUUGUCGAUCAUUCAAUCUGGAACACAUCUUGGGACUAUAAUGAGCACCAAAUUAUACAGUCAUAUGAGCACAUGGAUAGACAUCUCGGUAUAGUCUACGGAACAGCUGGUAACCACGAGUCCCAUCCCACAAACGCCUACCAGCCUAGUUCCAUCGGCGACGCAUCCUCGUGGAUCUAUGACCUUCUCGCAGGGACAUGGUCUCGUUGGAUCGGACAUGAAUCAGCCUCUACAGCAGCAAGAAUUGGCGCUUAUUCAACCAAAUAUCCCCAUGGUAACUUGCGCGUCAUCUCUCUCAACACAAAUCUGUUUUACCGUGGGAACUUCUGGCUUUUCCAGAGGAAGAUGCUGCGCGAUCCGAGCGGUCAGAUCGAUUGGCUUGUUGAAGAACUCCACGCUGCUGAGAAAGCCGGAGAGCGUGUCUAUAUCAUUGGGCAUAUGCCGCUGGGUGACCGGAAUGCAUUCCACGAUCAGUCGAAUUACCUGAACCAGGUAGUAAACCGAUAUUCAGCAACCAUCGCAGCCAUGUUCUUUGGUCACACCCACAGAGAUCACUUUCAGAUUACAUACAGUGAUGCUCCGGGCAAGACCUUUAAUAAUGCUCUAAUAACAUCAUAUGUCGGCCCCUCACUCACUCCGAUGUCAGGAAUGCCCUCUUUUCGUGUCUACGAUGUUGAUCCCGUGACGUUCGCUGUCCUCGAUGCAACUACCUACAGCGCCGACAUGACAUCUCCUAUAUACCAGACCCAAGGCCCCGUGUGGGAAAAGUAUUAUUCUGCAAAGGAGACAUAUGGCCCACUCACGAACCCUCCCCUAAUCGAUCACGCGGCGGAGCUCACCGCUGCAUUCUGGCACAACGUCACCCACGUCUUCGAGAAGAAUCAGACGGCCUUUGAUGAAUACAUGCUACGUCUCAGCAGAGGCUGGGUACAGCCAGAAUGCACCGGCGAAUGUAGGUCGUCGCAGAUCUGUAUGCUACGAGCGGCACGGAGCCAGGAUGGCUGUGACGUACCAACACUAGGUUCCUCAUACCAUACAAGGAUGGAAAAUGUUGCAGAAAGGGAUGAGUGUGGCGUCUCGGUCUUGCAGGCGACGUUUUCAGCCUUGGUGGCCAAGGAGGGGGCUUUGAAGAUUCUGCAAGAGAUUUUGGCAGGUCUGGAUGUGAAGUUGCAUGGAUGAUCGAAUAUGUGUAUUGUGGCAGGAAUGGUACUCAAAGCCCUUCUCUCAAUCCUUCAGGAUGUGGUCUAGACAUCACAGAUACGAUGCAGGAUAAAGAAGUAGAUCUCUAGACUUGCGUGUGGUCUAUACCCGUGGACGAAUACGGCACUUGGCAUGGCCAGUUGCUUAGAGCUUUACCAAUGGGUCUAUAAGUUUUCUCUCGUUAUGCUCCAUCACCGCCAGAUCAUGGAGGUUUUCAAUGUUGAGUUUCCAGGCGGCUUGUCUAGAAGGCCAAAAACCUUGAUGUGCUCAAAUAUGUACCUUAGCUUUUUUGUGACCCUUUUCUGGCACAGUGUUUCAGUCCUUUGAGUCCAUCUACCGGGCAGAUCACAUUGAGAUGAGCUGUUUGUCUGGCAUCCAGCAACAUUUGCCAAUCCG